UGGCUUUUUUUUGCGUCCGACGGUAUCUGCCCAGCCGAUCUCUAUCAAUUCUCGGACCAGCUGAGAGGAGUGGACAGCUACAACAUCAAGCAGCCUUCCCCAGCAACACUAGAGAGAGAAUCACUACUAAAUUCGCGACAGCGCGGCAACAGCGCAGACGUCAGUACUCAAAGAGGUCCAAGUGUUAAUCUACGCACCGCGUCGCACAAGCCGAAGAAGCGGUUAACAAAGAAGAUGGCUUAUAAGAAGCCGUCUUCCUCAGAAGCAUUGAAACAGCCACGCGAGAACCAUAACUUGGCUGAGAAGCGAUACCGGAGCCGGCUAAAGAACCAUUUCGAAAAGCGCAUCGUGUCGCUCGAGGAGGGCUUUGAGGCGAUGGCUAAGGAGCGGGACCAGCUACUGAGGAACAUCGCUCUAAUGUACGAGUUCUCAAAUCAAGAGUGAAGCGUCACUAUCUGGCAAAGAGCUAUAUAUGUUGCCUUGUAAUAUUUCUAUAAUAUUUCUAUAACGUGUUUGAUAAGCGAGCGUGACACUGCACUGUAUAACUAUAAAAAACCUACCCUAUAACAUUUUUUUAUUAUAAAUAAAAU